AUGGAUCCCAUGUUUUUUUUCAAUAACUUGUUUUUGAUCCAUCAAUUGUUAUGUGCCAACAUAGAUGGUGGAGAGAGUGAUGACGGUUCAAAAUAUGUGUAUACAGAGGAACAACUUAUGGAUGAUAUUAAGCACUUACUGGAUGGACCUAAGCAAGAAUCAGAAAAAAGAUGUGCCCGUAUUGUAAAAUAUCUCAAAGAUCUAAACUAUCAAACGCUGGGUAAGGAUCUAGAAAGGAGAGCGUACAAGGGAUUACCAAUACUCUAUCACGAGCUCCCAAAGGCAAUACAAUUCGUCUAUAAGGCAGAGAAGUUCAGCUUAUACUUUUCUGCUCAACAGGAAGGUAAUGUAGAGCCAAGGGAGGGAUUGAAAGUUUUUAUUAAGGAAACGAAGAUUGAGAUGAUGAAAGGUGUUUUUAAAGAACUCAACCGUGUAUAUUUGACGGUUGUUGUUCGUAGUUCCCUACAAAAUUUAUCUGAUGUCGAUCUUGGAGAUACAAUGCAGCAAUUUGAUUUCAUUACCGAUUUAUAUCUUCUAAAUUUGACACAUGAAUAUACUAGUUGGGACUGUGUAUCUUAUAAUACAGUGCAAGAUUUUAUUAGUCUCGAAACGAUUCCAAGAUUACGUACACUUAAAGUGAAACAUAUGUUAGUUACGGAUGAGUUUCUAGAGAAAGUGAGUAACAUGACACUAGAAAGUCUAUGGUUUACUGGAUGUGUUUUUCUCACUUCCAAAGGUACUGUGCAACAAUCAGGAGAAAUUGAGGUGACUUUUGCAAAGUCUUAUGAGACUAUCUGCUUCGAUAAAUGCAGGAGGAGUUUUUACUAUCAACUGCGUCUGGCACAUAAAGAAAAAGCAAUAAUCAAAGUCAAUCUAAAUAAAUGCGUAAAACUACGCAAUCUGACGGUAAACAUGGAUUACUAUGUGAGUGUCAUACUCAAUAAACAAAUAGUAGAUGAUCUGCGGUAUUUAUCAUUAGGUAAAAAGAACCGUAAACUGCCACUUUCGUCUUCUCAGUGUUAUGAUGCUAGACUAGAGUAUUUAACAAUUGACACGGAAGAUGUAGAGCUCGCUGUCAAUUUUCUAAAGGAAAUCAACCGAAGCAAACUUAAGCAUUUAGUAUUAAUUUGUUUUAUUUAUGAUAUUUCCAAUUUAUUUAACCUAGAAUUUGCCGCUCUUGAAGUUUUAGAAAUUGGUGCUAGCAAUAGUAAUUUGGAGUUGAAGGAUAAAAGCACAAUUGUAGUAAAAAUGGAAAAGUUAGAAACACUGAAAAUUGAUUGCAGGUAUGUAAGUGAAGCGUUCAUGCAAAUGAUAACUGAGUUGGAAAUGUUGAAACAUCUUGAAAUUCUUGUUGCGAAUUGGUAUUUUGGUCAAAAAAUUUUACGGAAACAACUAAGCAAUUUAAAAGGACCAAUAGAAAAACUCUUCGUUAGCUCUGAGCUGACCAUUGGUGAACUGGUAAGGUCGAUAGAGCCUUUAAAAACGCUAAAAGAAUUUCGCAUAGACGGUAGAUCCAUUCGGUCAUCAUUUGAUAGCCUCGCCAAUCGAAAUGAUGGUAAAUUUCAAUCUGCAAAAGUUGACGCAAACGAACAGAAUUUAGUGGUGAGCAAGAAUGUGGUGCAUCUAAAACUCCACACUCUUCAUAUUGACAUGGGUUUAGCACAAAAAGAACUAAUCCAACUUAUGUUGUGUCAAUAUUUUGAAGCUUUCGCAGAUAUUAAGAAACUGGUGAUUGACGUAAUACCAAAACGUCCAGGAGUAAUUCAAAAAUUGUUCGGAAGUAUGCAAAAGCAGUUCAAAUACUUGAUAAAAAGCAUUUUCGAGACGUUCAAACAACUUGAUGUACUUGUGUUCUGUUAUAAGAGUUCUCACAUAUCUAGAGAAGAAGCGCAUAUUCUUCGUAAGCUUUUUUCGUCGAGAUGUAGAUCUCUUAAGGAACGAUGCGAGUGGUCAGAUAAGUGCGAUGAAGAACAAAUAAUUUUCGAGCUUCAUAAGUAA